AUGUCAAGUAAUGAAAGGCCGCCAAGUCCCUCUUCAAAUAUAAUUUUAAAACAACAUGGAUCUAAUGCCGAAAAGAAACGUCCUAAAAAACCUUCUGAACGUAAAAAUGCUAAAAAGCAAAAACUUGAGAGUCCACAACAUUCGAUAAUUAAUGAUAAUGAGGCCAUUGGAGAAAUUAAAACGAGGACUAAAAAGCAACUUCAGCCAAUGGCCUCUAAUGAUGCUAUCGAGGAAAUUAAUAAUAAAAAGUCUCAUGAUUCAAAUACUGAGGUCGUUGCACCUGGAACUUUCGGAAACUCUUUUCAAGAGGAGGAAUUGGAAGAAAUAAUCGAUGAUGUCUUUUUACAAGAUUUUGUAGCUGAUUCACAAUAUGAUGAAAUAAUUCAACCUUCUUUAACUCCGGAUAUAAAACAAAUACAUAUCCCAAAAGUCAUUCCUCAUGAUUCCAUACAUCCAGUCGUAGCCGACACUUUUGAACAACAUGCUAUUAAUGAACAAUCAGUUAGUUAUUUAUCAAACAAUAGUACAACAGGAGAAAAUGUCGUGCUCAGUCACCAGGUUCGUCAUCAAGUAGCCCUGCCACCCAAUUAUCCAUAUAUUCCCAUUUCUCGACACGUCCCUCCGACUGAACCUGCUCGUAAGUAUCCCUUUGAAUUGGAUCCAUUUCAAAGGGUCGCAGUCUCUUGCGUUGAAAGGAACGAAUCCAUCUUAGUUAGUGCACAUACAUCAGCUGGUAAAACGGUUAUAGCAGAAUAUGCUAUAGCUCAAGCACUAAGGGAUAAACAAAGGGUUAUCUAUACAAGUCCAAUAAAAGCAUUAAGUAACCAAAAGUUUAGAGAAUUGGAAUCUAAAUUUCAUGAUGUAGGAUUGAUGACUGGUGAUGUGACUAUCAGAUCUGAUGCAAGUUGUUUAGUGAUGACUACAGAGAUUUUACUUCUCAUGCUUUAUCGCGGAAAUGACCUUAUUAUGCGCGAAGUAUCAUGGGUUGUUUUUGAUGAGAUUCAUUAUAUGCGAGAUAAAGUACGUGGCGUUGUCUGGGAAGAAACAAUUAUAUUAUUACCCCAUCAGGUCCAUUUUGUAUUUUUAUCUGCGACUAUUCCAAAUGCAAUGGAAUUUGCAGAAUGGAUCUGUAAAACACAUGCUCAACCAUGUCAUGUUGUAUAUACCGAUUUUCGACCUACCCCAUUACAACAUUAUAUUCAUCCUAGCGGAAGCAAUGGGAUAUUCAUCAUUCUCGAUGAAAAAGGAAAUUUCAAUGAAGAUAAUUUCAGAAAAGCGACCGGAUUGUUACAACAAAGAAAUUCUGAUAUUGAAUAUAUUAAUACCAAAAAAAAACCGAAGCGAAAAAAGAUUGAAGAAUCUUCCAAGAAAUCAAAGUUGAAAAAAUCAAAAGAAUUGAAAGACUCAGAAUCUGAUCACCUCGAGGAUUCUGAUGAACCUAAGGAAGUUAAUGAGCCAAAAGAUACAAAGGAAGUGAAUGAACCCAAAGAAGAAACCUCUGAAAAAGAACCUUCUGAUAUUCGAAAAAUUGUUAGAAUGAUAAUGCAAAAUGACUUUUAUCCAGCUAUAAUUUUCAGUUUUGGAAAGCGUGAAUGUGAGAACAACGCGCUUCAAAUGGGAAAAGUAACUUUAAAUAAUGAGGAAGAACAAUUAUUAGUCCAACAAGUCUUUGAUAAUGCAAUCGAGACACUUUCUGAAGAAGAUCGUAAUUUGCCACAGAUUGAACAUUUGUUGCCAUUCCUAAAACGAGGAAUUGCAUUCCAUCAUUCAGGCUUAUUACCUGUAUUAAAAGAGAUUGUCGAACUUCUUUUUCAAGAAGGUCUUAUAAAAAUAUUGUUUGCAACCGAGACCUUCGCAAUGGGAUUGAAUAUGCCGGCUAAGACUGUUGUCUUUACUGAUGUAAAAAAGUUCGAUGGGCAAGUCAACAGAUACAUCACAUCGGGUGAAUAUAUUCAAAUGUCCGGUCGUGCUGGUAGAAGAGGUAUUGAUGUAAAAGGGAUUGUUAUAAUAAUGGCUAGAGAAAAAAUGGAUCCUACGAUUGUUAAAGGAAUAAUUACGGGGGAAUCAGAUAACCUUUUUUCCGCGUUUCAUUUGAAGUACAAUAUGAUUUUAAACAUGACCCGUGUUGAAGGAAUUAGUCCCGAAUACAUACUUCAACGAAGUUUUUACCAGUUCCAAAAUACUGCUUGCUUACCUGCACUUGAAGAAGAGUUAUCACGAUUAGAAACAGCCUAUGCGUCUUUUGAGAUAUCUGAUGAGGAUACUAUCGAAGAAUAUUAUAAUAUUCGAAAACUUUUAGACACUUAUGCUCAUGACAUGCGUCGGGUUAUUAGUCAUCCGAUCCACAGUUUGCAAUGGUUGAAACCAGGCCGAUUGGUAUCGAUAAAACAUGCAGAUAUGGACUUCGGAUGGGGUAUGGUCGUUGCUUACGGCAAAAGAAAGGAUCCAAGGAAUUUAAAUGUUCUGAAUAAAGUAACAUCAGCGUCUUUGACAGCAGAAACAAAGGAUAAUACAAAUAAAGAAAUUCAAGAACCUCAAAUCCUAUCACCAGAACAAUACUUUGUUGAUGUGUUGCUCAAUUGUGAACCAAAUUCUAUUGUUGCAAAAUCUGCUGAAGGAAAAACCACCGGUGUUAGACCUUGUAAAGAAAAUGUAAUGGGCGAAGUUAUGGUCGUUCCUGUUGAAUUAUCUACAAUACAUUGUAUUAGCUCAAUUCGUAUAUUUCCGCCUAAAGUCCUUACCCAUAAGAAGAUUAGAAAUAAUCUAUAUGAACAAAUUCAAAAAAUAAAGAAUUAUUUUCCGGAUGGUAUUCCAAUUCUGGAUCCUAUAGAAGACAUGCACAUUCGAGAUGAAGAUUUUCGAAAGCUGAUUCGGAAAAUUGAAAUUCUUGAAGCCAAGCUUUUUGCCAAUAAACUUCAUAAAACACCAGAGCUUCCAUUAUUAUAUGACCGAUACGCUCAGAAAUUCGCUCUAUAUAAUGGUAUCAAGAGUUCAAGGAAAAAGAUAAAUAUAGCUAAAUCUAUAUUACAUCUCGAUGAUCUGAAAUAUAGAAAACGAUUAUUAAAACGACUCAAAUAUUUGACAGAUGAAGAUGUUGUUUCGUUAAAAGGUCGUGUAGCUUGUCAUAUCAAUGCUGGAGAUGAAUUAGUUAUUACUGAAAUGAUUAUGAAUGGCGUCUUUAAUGAUUUGACUGCAGAACAAAUAGUUACAUUAUUAAGCUGUUUUGUAUAUGAUAAUGGUGAUAAAAAACAACAUACACUCAAAGAAGAGUUAUACGUGCUUUAUUGUAAAAUACGGGAAGAGGCACGUAAUAUAGUUGCAGUUUCUAGUGAGUGUAAGAUAAAUAUUAUUGAAGAAGAAUAUCUUGCGACGUUUUGUCCUGACAUGAUGGAACCCGUUUAUUCAUGGUGUCAAGGAAAAUCAUUCGCGGAGGUAAUGAAAGUUUCUGAUUCCAUGUUUGAAGGUCAUGUUAUUCGAACCUUUCGUAUGUUGGACGAAUUGCUACGAGGAAUGGUUAACGCGGCGAAGGAGAUAGGGGAUUUAAUGUUAGAAGAAAAGUUCAAAUUGGCCAUUGAAAAGACCAGGCGUGGCAUAGUUUUCGCCGCAUCUUUAUAUACCUCUUAA